AUGUCCAACUUUCCCGAAGAACAACUCGACUCACCAGCUGGCUACUUCCCUGGAAAGCCUGGCCUCACUUUAGAUAAUGGACGAUGGACUAUUGUCCGCAAGCUUGGAUGGGGUCCUCGGUCCUCAACAUGGCUCGCAGUCGAUAACAAGGAACAUGUGGGGGAGUACUCAGCGAUCAAGAUCUUGACCGCGGAGGCCACCGAGGAAUCUACAGCCACGAACGAAUCGAAACUGCUCUCCGGCCCCAUCAAAAACUUCACCGAGGGCUUCCCUAAACUCACCAAAACUUUCUACCAGCACGACGACAAAGGCAAAAGACAUUACUGUCUCGCAUUCCACGUGCUGGGGUCAUCCGUCGAGGAUCUCCGGCUCACCAAUGAAUAUGAUGGGCAAUACCUACCCGUUCAUGUCGUUCAGAAGAUUAUAGGUGACAUUGCAGAGCGACUUGCGUGUCUCAACGAUGAGAAGAUUAUCCAUGGGGCUGUCCAUCCCGAUAACUUCCUUUUCUUCUGCGUACAAAGAGGCGAAUCGAUCAGAAAAGUUCUUGCUAAAUCACCUAGUGAGAAGGCAGAAGAAGUCGUUGGUGACGAUGGUAUCUCGUACCCAGUUGUCAGGUCACAACCAAUUGACCAUGGUAAUCCGUGGGACUCCUCCGCGCAAGAUAUCCUCAACGUGUUGAUUUACUUGGCGAACUACGGGCAUGCACAUCAUAAGGGUGUUGCCGCACCUACGGACGCCAGAAAAACGUAUUACGCUCCAGAAAUCUUGAAGGGCGAGAAGGCCGAUCAGAAGGCCGACAUUUGGGCCCUGGGCUGCAGUAUCUAUCUCUUGUUAACGGGCACUGAGCUUUUCUCUGAGACCUAUGUUGCCUCGCCGGUCGAGACAGCCACAGAAACUCUCGGAAAAUUAGAAACCCUUCUCAAAGAAAGCGAAAAGCUAUCCGAGAAAGACAUCGCACCCGCUGCCUCCCUCCUUAGAUCGUGCCUAGCAGUCAAGCCUACAAAAAGAGCCAGCGCAGUUGAUGUACUUGGUAGUGGUUGGAUUAAGGGUGGAUGUGGCUGCGGUUAUUGCGGUUAA